AUGGCACCGGUGUCUUUCAACCUCUUGCAAACUCCCUUUUACGGCCUUGUGGCUGGGGCUGUUAUAAUUACUUGGUCGCUGGCAAAAUCUGUCCAAGCCUUUCAAAGAUGGAAGUACGCUCGUGCGAACGGCUGCCAGCCUCCCGCGCACUCGGUGUCCCACGGCCUGUUUGGCAUUGGCAUGGCCAUGGAACUAUUCAAAGCUGGCCCCGAGCAUAGGUUUCUUGAACUUCUUCGAGGCUGGCAUCGAAGCUACGGUCCAACAUUCAGGGCGAGAAUCGUGAAUCGAAAUACCAUCUUCACCGUCGACCCAAAGAACAUCCAAACAAUCCUCGCGUUGAAAUUCAAAGACUUCUCAGUGGGUCCGGCUCGUGAGUCAGUGCGUCCACUCGUAGGCAAUAGCAUAUUCGGUCUAGAUGGUACCGCGUGGGAACAUUCACGGGCUCUCCUCAAGCCUAAUUUCUCGCGUAAUCACAUUAACGACACUGGGUUAUAUGAGACCCACGUUGCCAAUCUCAUCGAGCAGAUCCCACGCGACGGAUCGACUAUCGAUUUGCUUCCACUUUUUUUCAAAGGGACUUUUGACACCGCUACCGAGUUUCUGUUCGGAGAGUCUGCUGACUCGCUGCGCGAAGAGGAAUCUCCUGCGGGCGCAAAAUUUGCGAAAGCUUUCGAUGUAGCCCAAUCGGUGACUGCCAUACGCUUCCGACUUGGGUAUUUAGGGGUGUUCUACCGCAGGAGAGAAUUGAAUGACGCAGUGAAAGUUAUCCGCGAGUAUGUCCAAAGGUUCGUACAAAAAGCGAUCGAUUAUCGUCUCGCAGUCGAUAGCGGGCGGGACAUUGAUCAAGAUAUUAAGCGGGUGACGGAAAGUCGAUACGUAUUUUCCCACGAGCUGUGCAAGCAGACACUUGACAAGACUACAAUAACCGACGAGCUACUGAGUCUUAUGUUUGCUGGUCGCGAUACCACUGCCAGCCUACUAAGCCUUGUGUUCUUCGUCUUGGCUCGACGACCUGAUGUGUGGGACAGACUUCAAAAAGAAAUCCUCAUUUUAGACGGACAAAAGCCAUCAUUCGAAGAAUUGAAAUCGAUCACUUACCUGGCCUGGGUUAUCAACGAGACUCUGCGCUUGUAUCCAAUCGCCCCCUUCGGUCUGCGUGAGGCCAACAAAGACACAUAUCUUCCCGUCGGCGGUGGGCUGGAUGGAAAAUCCCCUCUUCAUGUACCCAAGGGUCACGAGGUUCUCUACACUGUAUACGCAAUGCAGCGCGAUAAUGAAAUCUAUGGGCCCGAUGCCGAUGAGUUCCGGCCGGAGAGAUGGGAAAAGUUCAAGCCCGGAUGGGCAUACCUCCCUUUCAAUGGAGGUCCCCGAAUCUGCAUCGGCCAGCAGUUUGCACUAACGGAGACCGGGUAUACUAUUGUUCGGAUUUUGCAGCAGUUUGGGACAAUCGAAAAUCGAGAUCCGAACCCCUGGACGGAAAAUUUUGGAUUGACGUUGACAAACGCUAAUGGAACGAAGGUAGCUUUGACGCCUGUUCAAAAUUGA